CAUAAACACAGGGAAGUCAAUGUCAAGCUGUCGGCCGCUGGUGUGUUGGAAACGCGGAGAGAAGCUUUUAUAUCAGCUUCAUUACACAGAGGAUCACAUCAUGUCCACGUAGCUGGUGGGAGCAAUGGGGCUUUUUACACCACUUUUACUCCUGCUCUGGAAGAACACCACAUACCGCAGAAGGAACAAGAUCCAGCUGAUUAUCGAGAUCCUUUGGCCGCUCUUCCUCUUCGUCAUCCUCAUCUCUGUCCGUCAUUCGCACCCUCCUUACAAACAGAGCCAAUGUCACUUUCCAAACAAAGCCUUGCCAUCAGCAGGGACAUUGCCCUGGAUUCAGGGAAUUAUCUGCAACAUCAACAACCCUUGCUUCCACAGCCUGACACCAGGGGAGAUACCCGGCCAGAUUGGCAACUUUAACAACUCCAUACUGUCUCGUCUUCUCAUGGAUGUCCAGGCUGUUCUUUCCUACAGUGGAAAUCGGAGCUUUGUUGGCUUUCAGAACCUGAUGGAGAGUGUCCGGAAGCUGAGAGAAAGUAGAGCUUUGCCAAAUCUCCCAGUAAAAGAUUACUUGAGACCCAAUCAGACAUUCUCCACCUUCCUCCUGACCAAUGCCAGCAUGAAGCCUGUGACUGUGGACACACUACUGAAUUCUAAACUUAAUUUUCAGACUAUAUUGGCUGUAACUCAGAUGCAGAUAAAGGACCUAGUGUGUAAUGUGAGCAUCCUAGAACAGGUGCUGACAGUGGAUGGAGGAGAAGCUGCCAUGACUGAUCUUCAGACCCAGCUGUGUGACUUACCAGCAGAUGUGCUGCAAAAGAGUGAGCGCCUUUUCCUCUCUCAGCUUGAGUUGAGCAAGUUCUUCACGGGAGACCGUUUAAUGGCCAAUGCCAGAGACCUCAGGGUCAUCAGUAAGGCUGUCACCUCAGUUUCCCAGGAGCUUGCGGCUGUCAUGGAUAAUAUCUCCUCCCUCUCCAGUUUUGCAGAGAUGAGCGCAGCUCUUCGUGUUCUGUCUCCAGAAAAUCGCACGGCGAUGCCCAGGGAAAGUUUCAGAGCUUUUUCGAAGAUCAUGUGUGGUCACCCUGAACUUGGAGGCGAACGCAUCCCGUCCCUUAACUGGUAUGAAGACAAUGACAUCAAGUCCUUUUUGGGCAAAAAUGGCACAGAGGAUGUGGAUCUGGAACACAACAAUACAACUCCCUUCUGUAAAAAUUUGAUCCAGGCUCUGGAGUCGAACCCUCUGUCUCGCAUUGUGUGGCGAGGAAUCAAACCUCUGUUCAUCGGAAAACUGCUGUACACACCCAACACUCCUCCAGUGCAGCAAGUUAUGAAAGAGGUGAACAAAACAUUCGAAGACCUGCAGAUUAUCCAGGAGCUAAAUUUAGCCUGGAUUGAGGUGGGACCGCAAAUCAAAAAUUACAUGGAGACCAGUGUGGAGGUUCACAUGCUGCAGAAUUUGUUGAGGCAGCCAGAGAUUGCUCUACUGGUUAACUUGCGUUUGGAAAACACACCCUGGACAGCUUCAAGCAUUGCACGUUUCCUGUCGACUCCCUCGCCAGAUAUUCCGCGGAGCCCCAGAUCACCACCAACCUGGCUGGACAUCUACAAUGACAUCAACCAAACUAUCUCCACUCUUGCGCAAGUCACAGAGUGCUUCUCUCUGAACAAACUGGAGGGACUGGAAACUGAGGGUCAGCUGAUUGAAAGAGCACUGGAGCUCCUGGAGGAUAGGCAGUUCUGGGCAGGUGUGGUUUUCCUGCUGCCCAACACCUCCUCAUCUGAGCUGCCCCCACAUGUCACCUACAAAAUCCGAAUGGACAUUGAUGAUGUGACUCGAACCAACAAGAUCAAGGACCGGUUUUGGGAUCCAGGUCCAGCUGCUGACCCCUUCAGUGAUAUGCGCUAUAUUUGGGGUGGUUUCGUGUAUGUGCAGGACCUGGUGGAGAGAGCGGUGAGCAGAGUGCUUACUGGAGUUCGACAGACUACCGGCAUCUACAUCCAACAGAUGCCCUACCCCUGCUAUGUGGACGAUGUUUUUCUUCGAGUGCUGAACCGCUCCCUGCCGCUCUUCAUGACCCUGGCGUGGAUCUACUCUGUGGCCAUGAUUAUCAAAGGUGUGGUGUAUGAGAAGGAGGCGAGGCUGAAGGAAACCAUGAGGAUCAUGGGUCUGGGAACUGGGACACUUUGGCUCAGCUGGUUCAUCAGCAGCAUUGUGCCAUUCCUGUUUUCUGCAGCACUUCUCAUUGCCCUGCUCAAGUGGGGGGACAUCUUGCCAUACAGCAACCCAGCUGUUAUUUUUUUCUUCCUCACAGCUUUUGCCACUGCCACUAUCAUGCAGUGUUUCCUCAUCAGUACCUUCUUUUCAAAGGCCAACCUGUCAGCUGCCUGCGGGGGACUCAUCUACUUUGGACUCUACCUGCCCUACGUACUGUGCGUUGCUUGGAGAGACCACCUUAACACCACACACAGAGUCUUAGCUAGUUUCCUUUCUCCUGUGGCCUUUGGCUUUGGCUGUGAGUAUUUCUCACAGUAUGAGGAGCAAGGUGUGGGCAUUCAGUGGUACAACCUGAACGCCAGUGCUGUGGAAGGAGAUGGAUACAGCUUCACUAUCUCUAUAGUUAUGCUUUAUGUGGAUGCCUUCAUCUACGCCGUUGCGGCCUGGUACAUCGAAGCAGUGUUUCCUGGUGAGUAUGGGAUCCCCAGGCCAUGGUACUUCAUCUUUCAGCUCAACUACUGGGGAGGUGUUCCUCUUGAAGCAGGCAUGCCAAUCCCCCCUGCACCUACAGAGCAGAAUGAAGAACACAUUGAACCAGAACCCAGUAAUUUGAUUCUGGGUGUGAGCAUCAGAAAUCUGGUGAAAAUCUACAAGAAGGGGGGGAAACUGGCUGUAAACCAUCUGAACCUGAAGUUCUAUGAGGGGCAGAUCACCUCUUUUCUGGGCCACAAUGGAGCCGGCAAAACCACCACCAUAUCUGUCCUGACCGGUCUGUUCCCACCCACCUCUGGGACUGUGUACAUCAAAGGGAUGGACAUCCGCCAUGAAAUGUACACCAUCAGAAGGACACUGGGAGUUUGUCCACAGCACAAUAUCCUGUUUGACAUACUAACAGUGGAGGAGCAUGUGUGGUUUUAUGGGUGUAUGAAGGGUUUGUCUGAAGCAGAGGUGAAGGCUGAGGUGGACACUUUACUGGAGGAUGUUGGCCUCCUGCACAAACGUCAUGAACAGAUCAAAAACCUCUCAGGCGGCAUGCAGAGAAAGCUGUCUGUGGCAAUAGCGUUUGUUGGAGGCUCGAAGGUAGUUGUCUUGGAUGAACCUACAGCUGGUGUUGACCCUUACUCCCGCAGAGGGAUCUGGGACCUGCUGCUCAAAUACCGCAAAGACCGGACCAUCAUCCUGUCCACCCACUACAUGGAUGAAGCGGAGUUGUUAGGUGACCGGAUCGCCAUCAUUUCUCAGGGGAAGCUGUGCUGCUGUGGCUCACCACUCUUCCUUAAAUCCCAGCUGGGAUCUGGCUUCUACCUCACUGUGGUGAAGAGGGAAGGACUGGACACCAGCACUCCCAGUACUUCCAGUAUCUGCACCGGCACCAGCAUCAGCACCAACAAGCUGCCUCCUCUUGUCAAGGACAGCGACUCAUCGCUGAGUGAAGACACCGGGCUGGGAAGUGAGGAUAGCAGUUCAUCUUUGCUCUCACUGGUGCAACACCACAUCCCUGCUGCGAAGCUGGUGCAGGAGUCUAGACGCGAGGCAGUGAUCAACCUGCCACAGACAGCCGCCAAAGACAGCAGCCUGGCCAUCUUACUAUCCGCACUGGAUCAGAGACUGACUGAACUGGGAAUCAGCAGCUACGGCCUGUCAGACAGCACACUCGAGGAGAUCUUUCUGCGAGUGGCAGAGGAGACUGCUGUGGACACUGGCCCAGAGCUGCAGUCUGAAUCACCCCACAGCCAGCAGCUGUCAGAGCAGGGAGCUGAUGGGCAUCCUCUUGAAGAACCAGAGGCAGGAAGGAAAAAGCUUCGUAAACAAGCAGAACCUCGGGAGACAGACCUGCUGAAUGGAGAUGGCCACAGUGGGGUGCCUGUGACCGGCUGGUGGCUGACAUGGCAGCAGCUGAGAGCACUCUUCAUGAAACGUUGGCUUUAUGCUCGGAGGAGCCGCCGGGGAAUCUUUGCUCAGAUUGUUCUGCCUGCUCUGUUUGUGCUGAUCGCCCUGCUCUUCAGCCUCAUUGUUCCUCCUUUUGGGAGGUACCCUGCCCUGCAGUUGCAGCCCUGGAUGUACGGCGAACAGUACACCUUCUUCAGCAAUGAUGACCCUGGAAACCCAGCCACGGAGAAUCUGCUUGAAGCUCUCCUGGACCAGCCUGGAUUCGGUACCAAGUGCAUGGAAAAGGAGGACAGCAAGAUGGAUCCUCAGUGUGAAGGUGGGCGGGCUGGCUUGUUCAUGAGGCCACAGUUAUCCUACUCCACCUGGCAGAUGUUUAGCAAAGGCAACUUGAGCAGAGAGAGAUCGUCACCUGAAUGUCAGUGCAGCACAGAGGACGUCUACCGAAUGCUCCCUGAGUGUCCUGUUGGUGCUGGAGGGCUUCCACCUCCACAGAUAAAGAGGGCAACUGGAGACAUCUUGCAAAAUCUGACAAGUUAUAACAUCUCAGAUUACCUGGUGAAGACCUACUCUCCAAUUCUCAAGAAAAGCCUAAAAACCAAGAAGUGGGUGAAUGAAUUCAGAUAUGGCGGCUUCUCCCUCGGAGGCACAACGGUAUCUCAGACCCAAUAUCUCCAAGACUCGGUCAUGGCCAUCAGGACUCGUUUCCGAGUCCCACAGAACAGUUCUCUGGAUCAUCUGCUGCACAGACUACCAGAGGUCUUAGGAGGGCUGAACCGUGAAAACAAUGUGAAGGUGUGGUACAACAACAAAGGCUGGCACGCUAUGGUGUCCUUUGUCAAUGUGAUGAAUAAUGGCCUGCUAAGAGCGAGCCUGCCACCAGGUCCAGAGAGGAGAAAGCACGGCAUCACUGCCUACAAUCACCCACUCAACCUCACCAAGAAGCAGCUCACUGAAGUAGCCAUGAUGACUACAUCGGUGGAUGUUCUGGUUUCCAUCUGUGUGAUUUUUGCCAUGUCCUUUGUGCCAGCCAGUUUUGUACUUUUUCUGAUUGAGGAGCGAGUCAGCAAAGCCAAACACCUGCAGUUUGUCAGCGGGGUCAAACCGAUUCUCUACUGGCUGGCCAAUUUUGCCUGGGACAUGGUAAACUACACCGUUCCGGCUAUCAUGGUAGUGCUGAUCUUCAUCAGUUUCCAGCAGCAGUCAUACGUCUCUGAGACCAACCUGCCUGCUCUUGUCCUGCUUCUUCUGUUCUAUGGGUGGUCCAUAACCCCUCUAAUGUACCCAGCAUCCUUUGUGUUCACCGUCCCAAGCACAGCUUAUGUGUUCUUGACCUCCAUCAACCUCUUCAUUGGAAUCAAUGGCAGCAUCGCCACCUUCGUCCUGGAGCUAUUUGUAGAUGAGCAUCUGAACGAGGUGAACAGAAUCCUGAAGAAGGUGUUUUUAAUCUUUCCUCAUUUCUGCUUGGGACGAGGGCUUAUCGACAUGGCCAAAAACCAGGCCAUGGUGGACGCCUUCCAGAGACUGGGUACCAAACACACCCUGGACCCACUUCAGUGGGACUUUGUAGGGAAGAACCUUUUCGCAAUGGCAGUUGAAGGUGUUUUUUUCUUCAUCUUUACCAUACUCCUUCAGUACAAAUUCUUCAUUCGCUUCAGGCCAUGGUGGGCCAAACCUGAGUUGCCUCCUCUUGGUCCAGAGGAUGAGGAUGUUGCCAGGGAGAGAGAGAGGGUCAAAAGUGGCAAAGCUCAAUCAGACAUCCUCACCAUGGUAGACCUGAGCAAGGUUUAUAAAGCCGGCAGAAAACCAGCAGUAGAUCGUCUUUGCCUCGGAAUUCCUCGCAGUGAGUGUUUUGGAUUGCUUGGGGUGAAUGGAGCAGGGAAGACUUCUACAUUUCGCAUGCUGACUGGAGAUACACCCGUCACACAUGGAGAGGCUUUCCUCAGCCAGCACAGUGUGUUGACAGAAAUGGAGCGAGUCCACCAGCUGAUGGGUUACUGUCCACAGUUUGACGCCAUCAGUGACCUGCUCACAGGUCGGGAACAUCUGGAGCUGUACGCCCGCCUGCGGGGGGUCCCAGAGGAGUUUGUCUCCAAGGUGGCACAGUGGGGAGUGAAGAAGCUGGGGUUGACUCAGUAUGCAGACCAGGAGGCUGGAGGCUACAGCGGGGGCAACAAGAGGAAACUCUCCACAGCCAUCUCCCUCAUCGGGUCUCCACCUGUUAUAUUCCUGGAUGAGCCUACUACUGGAAUGGACCCAAAAGCCAAAAGAUUUCUGUGGAACUGCAUCCUCAGUGUCACCAAAGAGGGAAGAGCAGUAGUACUCACCUCACACAGCAUGGAGGAAUGUGAAGCGCUGUGCACCAGGAUGGCCAUCAUGGUCAACGGCAGGUUUCGGUGUCUUGGAUCUGUCCAGCACCUUAAGAACAGGUUUGGUGAUGGAUACACCAUCAUCCUGCGUUUGGCAGACACUAAAUCGGAUCCCGACUCGUGUCCUGUCAGCACCUACAUGAAGGAAUGUUUUCCCAGCAUUGAGCUGAAGGAGCGGCACCAGAAUGUGCUGCAGUACCAGCUGCCUUCACACGCCUGCUACCUGGCUCGUAUGUUCGAAGUGCUGGCAAACAACUACGAGGAGCUGGGCAUCGUCGACUUCUCCGUUUCACAGACCACACUGGACCAGGUGUUUGUCAACUUUGCUAAGGAUCAGACUGAUGACGACUGUCUCACAGAUGUGGUCAUCGGCAACGGGACAGCACAACCAAACUUACCCACCAAAGGUAAUCGUCCCACUGUCAAACCACCAAUCACACCUCCUCAGUCAAGCAAAACUCCACAGCUGCCUGGGAAAUCAUCUGACGGCAAUUCAAAAGUGGGUAAGACGAAAAAAGCAAAAUCUAGCAAUGGCAAAUCUGGCUCUGCGCAGCCACAGGAACAGGCCCAGGAGCCAGCUAAAGUGAGCUGCAGAGCCAACAUUGAAUCUGACAGCAGUGAUGGUGGUGUUCAGAGAGGACACAGCAAAUCUCGUGGGUCCAAACGCAAAGCCGAGAGCUUCAGCAAAGAUCCCUCUGCACUCUUUAUAGUCGGCGGCAACUCAGAGGAGAGUACACUAUGAAGUGGACCGGCGCUACAUGAGUGGACCAUAGACAAACAAAAGCUUUUUUUAUACGCUCUAUAUUGUCAUUUGAAUGCUGCACAGUGUUCACAGGGACAUGAAGCAAACAAGCACUUUAAAAUCCAUCAGUAAGACGUGAACAGUGGACAGAUGGACUCAAAUGUUACUAUCUGAGUAAAAAGAGAGUUCUGAAGUGGUAAUGUCUUCAGUGCCUUGUUCCGUUCUUCUCGCGUCUGUAGUUCUUAACCCUUUAUGUGGGUUAAUAAGUCUUACAUUGUGUUUUCUCUUUCUGUAUCAAUGUUAUCACUCAUCAGUGAUAUAUUUGUCCUGAAAAGAAAUUAUAAAAACAAUAUUAUACACAGCUCAGUGUUAAACCACUAAGCAGUGUACCUCAGGAUUCAAUCAUUAGACCUACUAUAACCUCAACUUUAUUUUACAAAAAGCUCUUUGAAAAGAUAAAUUAAGGUGAUUUUAUAGGUCAGACAGCAUUUGGGGGUUUGUUUCAGUACAAUAUACACAAUAUCUCUUAUGAGAAUUUACCUCUUAUUGUUUUGUAAAUACAAACUUUAUUAUAUCUUUUAGCAGAAAGUUUUUUUAUUUAUCCAAUUUUUGCUUUUGUUUAUUUUGUUUACUUUUCCUUAAAAGAUCUGGAAACCUUGUGAAAAACUAAACCAGUAAAACUAUCAGAAAAGCUCCAGACACAGAGGUGUCCCUGUAGCUUGUUUAAGCUGCAUGUUAAAUUCAAGUAAAAUAUGCUAAAAAAAAAAAAAUUCCACAUUCAAUCAAACAAAUAAUGUUUAAUGAAACUGAGCAAUCAAUGAGACAAAAGCACUGCCUUUAGUAAGCAGCUGUUUUUAUUAUGAACUAUUUAUUUGUGUCUUUCUAACAAGUGACAUGCUGGCUGCUGAAUGUUACUGUAUUGUAAUGCACUGUUACAUAUAUAAAAGAUUGUUACUAUGGUAACUGUAGGCAUGAGACAAACAUGAAGUAUCAGGAGGAUUUCAUUCCAAAAUGCACCUUUUUAAUGGGCGAGUGGUUGGGACACUUACAUUAUAUGGAUAAACGUACUGGGGCACCUACACAUUACAGCUGCUCAGCCAUGGAAACCCAUGCCAUGAAGUUCCUGGCUGACAGUUUUCAUGCUGAUGUUAACGCCAGAGGAAGUUUGGAGCGCCGCAGUUAUUGAGUCAGCGGCACGUUGGGGAUUUUUAUGCACCUUAGCGCUCAGCAAGCCCUCUCUGUAACUUUAUGUGGGUGAGUCGCUGUGGUUCCUAAACACUUCCACCGUGAAAUAAUACCACUUACAGCUGAUUGUGGAACAUCUGGGAGGGAAGAAAUUUCACAAGCUGACUUGUUGCAAAGGCAGCAUCCUGUUGCAGUACCACGCUGAAAUUCAGUGAGCUCUUUAGAACGACCCAUUCUAUAAGAAAUGUUUGUGAAAAGGCAGACUGCAUGGUUAGGUGCUUGAUUUUGUACACUUGUGGCGAUGGAACUGAAAACAGCUGAAAUCAAGGAGCUCCAACCUGAUCCAAUGAAGCUGGAUUCCUGAUUUUGGAAUUAAUGUCUGUAGUACUGAAUAUAUUGCUCUAUUUGAACAUUCAUUUAUCUGUGCAUCAGAUAUGUUAUAUCAUGAAAGUAUUAUAGCUUUAAAAAAUGUCUGUUGUGUAUGUUUUGAAAUAAAAUAAUUGUAUUUGA